GUGACUCAGCGUCUGGCCGUGUAUUUCUUCUUCACGCGAACCUUUACUAAAGCGUUGGUUUGAUUGAGUUUAGGUGGAGUUUAAAGUUGUUUUCUCAAAGCUAAGACCAUGGAGAACUUGGAGAAGCAGCUGAUUUGUCCCAUAUGCUUGGAGAUGUUUACAAAACCUGUGGUCAUACUACCCUGCCAGCACAACCUAUGCAGAAAAUGUGCCAAUGAUGUUUUUCAGGCUGCAAACCCCUAUCUCCCAACCAGAAGUGGCUCGCUGACGUCUGGUGGCCGUUUCCGAUGCCCGUCCUGCAGACACGAGGUGGUUCUGGACAGGCACGGUGUCUACGGCUUGCAGAGGAACCUGCUGGUUGAGAACAUCAUUGAUAUGUUUAAACAGGAGUCGAGCAGCAGUAGCAGGCCAACAUCAGAGAGCAAGGAGGAAAUGCCCAUGUGCGACGUUCACAAGGAGGAAAAGAUCAACAUUUACUGUGUAACCCACGGCGUGCCCACGUGUUCAAUGUGUAAGGUUUUUGGUGCCCACAAAGACUGCGAGGUGGCGCCUCUCAGCAGCAUCUCCCAGGAAAAGAGGACCGAACUGAGUGACGGGAUUGCCAUGAUGGUUGGGAACAACGACAGGAUCCAAGGCAUCGUUAGCCAGCUACAGGAAGCCUGUCAUGUCAUAGAGGAGAACGGUCGGAGGCAGAAGACUAAGGUGUGCGAGAGGUUUGACCAGCUCUACUCCAUGCUGGAGGAGAAGAAGCGAGAGAUGAGUCAGAAGGUAACAGCCAAGCAGGAAGAGAAGGUGAAUUACAUACAGAGCCUGACAAGAAAGUACGGAGACCAUCUUGAGGAGAGCUGCAAGAUCGUGGAGAGGGGGAUUCAGACUAUGGAGGAGACAGAAAUGGCUGUUUUCGUUAAGAAUGCAAAGGAUCUUCUUAAAAAGAUCGAAGACGCAUCCAGUACGGCACACUUGGACAAAGUUGAGCGCGAUUAUGAGAAAAUGGAUCACUACAAAGUUGACUUCAGAAGAGAACGCAAGGCUCUGAGCAGCAUCGACUUCAUCCGAGAUGAUGAUGACAAGGAUGAAGAGGAAGUUGAUGCAGAGGUGGGAGAAGGUGCACAGACUGUUUCUGGAGGGACUGCAGUUUCAGAAACCCCUGGGCAGCCUAAUGCUCCCCAGCAAAUAACCUCCUCCCUGAGCCCAACCAGGAGCUCUGCUUCAACCUAACUGUUAUCCGUCAAACAGGCAUCUUAACCAAGAGCCAAAGAGCUGCUGCUCCUUGGUGUUGAUUUCUGAUCCGUUGUGAUGCAUUUUCUCUCAGACUGGGGAAAAAACCAUGCAAGAGAAAUUUUAGAUCUGUGAGAAAGGAAAUCUCUGAUUUGACGAAGGCCAGACCUAAAGGAGGAUGAUAACAAUAACACAAAUCAGUCUUAUUACUUUUCUUCAUAUUUAUAUAUUUUAAUUCAUCUGUUUUGAUCAUUUUUUAAAGACAAUGUGUUGCUAUUGGCCUUUUCCAGAAAUCAGAGAUAUUUUUCAUGCCGCUGACCUUUAACAACUCACUGCUUAAACUACGUAAUUAGACGACAAGGUAUUCAUUUCCUCUUUUGCCCCUAUCAUGGUGUUUUUUUAUGACCGAUAUAACUUUAUGAGGGCAGCAGAGAAGUGAAGAAAAAAAUCACAGUGACAUUACAGUGUUUCAUUACUCAUUUCUUCUAUUUUUGGUCACAUAAAACAUGGAUAUUUUUCCUAUAUUUCAUUUCAUUUUGCCCUUUUUGGCAGAUUUUAAUCAUUGUGACAUUAAAUUUGAUAAAUUUGAA